AUGUACUUUUUUCUUAGCCACUUGUGCUUUGUAGACAUGUGUUCCUCUUGUUCCAUUAUCCCCAAGAUGUUGUGUGAUAUCUUUGCAGAGCAAAAGGGCAUCUCUUUCAUGGGUUGUGCUGCACAGAUGUGGUUCCUUGGUCUUUUUGUGGCAACUGAAUAUUUCCUCCUGGCUUCCAUAGUCUACUAUAGGUAUAUGGCCAUCUGCAAGCCCUUGUUGUACACACUCGUUAUGUCCCAGAGGGUGUGUGUGCAGCUGGUUAUGGGUCCUUAUGCUGUGGCUUUUAUAAGUACCAUGAUCCAUACUACAUUGGCAUUUUGCUUACCCUUCUGUGGUUCAAAUAUUAUCAAUCAUUUUUUCUGUGAUAUUUCACCACUGCUUUCUCUAGCAUGUGCAGAUACCUCAGUGAUUAAAUUUAUGCUCCUUACCUUGGCUGAAGCAAUAGGAGUACUCAGUGGCCUGAUCAUCACGGUCUCCUAUGUUUGCAUCCUGGUGGCCAUCCUGAGGAUCCAGACUGCUGAUGGGAGGAGGAAAGCUUUCUUUACUUGUUCUUCUCACCUGGCAGCUGUCUCCAUCCUAUAUGGGGCUCUUUUCUUCAUUUAUGUCUGA